AUGAAGACUGCUUCUACAUACAUUUGUGAAAGACUGUGCAAUAGGUCUAUCCGUGAAAUUUCCUUGCUACUAAAUAUUCCACGGUCAACUGUUAGUAGUAUUAUAACAAAGUGGAAGCCACUGGGAACAACAUCAACUCAGCCACGAAGUUGUAGAGCACAUAAAAUGACAGAGCGGGGUCAGCGCAUGCUGAAGCAGACAGUGUGCAGGAGUCGGUCAACAGUAAAGACCUCCAAACUUCAUGUGGCCUUCAGAUUAGCACAACAACAGUGCAUAGAGAGCUUCAUGGAAUGGGUUUCCAUGGCCGAGCAGCUGCAUUCA